GAAUUGAAAGCACCUUAUUCAUCGUCAAACAACGUGCCGGCUCCAACCCGGUAUUCACAGACGUAAACAAGACUGCCAGCAUUCUAUAUUGUUUAGUCUCCUUGCCCUUCUCCAACACAACCUGCACAUCUGCAAGUAACAGAUUCCAAUGGAGAAGGUUAAUGGAACUGGAAGUUCCUACGAUGGGAGUAGAGAUGAGAUGAAGUAUAAGAAAAAAGAGCUUGUUGGUCGAUUGAAAUCUAUGAUCGAGGAAAACCAGAAGCUCAAUUACAUGAUCCAGUUUUUGUACAGAAAUUGCUGUGUCUUGGAAACUCAACUCAGGAAGCGCAAGGAAGAGGAGUUGAGAUUGUCUUUAGAGUCCAUGGGAAAGACUCUGAAAUUAGACAUAAACACACCAGAAAAAGAUUCUAUUAACAAAGGGUGUAGUGAGCAGGUUAUUGAUCUUAGCGUUGACUCUGAGAGCUCGGGAGAGAAGAAUUCCAAGUUAGCUUCCAAAGUAAAUGAUUUGCAGCGUCCUCUGCCCUCUAAGAAGAGGAACAUAAACUAUGAGUUGGAGCACAGCCCAAAUGGUGAAAAGAAUUCAUAUGUAGGUGGGGAUUCACAAAAUAAAAAGGCUCGCGUAAUCAAGGAGGCUUUCAAUUUUCCUGCUAUGAUGGUGGAGAAGAAAAUCAUUACUGUGCGAACCAGAUCAGUAGAAUCUGCGGUAAGUGAUGGCUAUCGGUGGAGGAAAUAUGGACAAAAGAUGACAAGAGAUAGUUCAUGGCCAAAAGCUUAUUACAAGUGUGCUGUUCCCUCCUGUCCUGUUAAAAAGCAAGUUCAGAAGUGCGCUAAUAACCCAAGUAUGUUUAACACUACUUAUGAAGGAGAACACAGCCAUUUCAUAUCUCGGGCGAGCAAUCCACUGCCCUUUCCUGCCUCAAUUGCCACAAUCUCAUCUACAGGUUCCUGUCCCAUGAUCACUCUUGAUUUCACCGGUACUUCCAACCCUAACCCUAAUAUGACUCUUGCUCCUAGAUUGCAACCACCAACUUUGCUGCAACACCCAAAUUCGUUAUAUAACAGAAAUAUGGUGAGCAGAACAUGAGAUCGAGGAAGUGAAAGUAAGUUACGUCUUCUGUGGUUACAGUCAAAUCCAUGGUCAAAACUGUGAACCCUUACAAUGUAUCACCAGCCAAGCCUCCUUAUACAAUGAUGUUCAGUUUGAGCACAACCUCUUUGUAAAUAGAAUGUACCUUCACGUAAUAAA